AUGAGCAGCGGUGGGGUACAGGCGCUGGCUCUGGCGCUGGCGUGCGACGCGGCGCGCGCCGGACACGCCGCGCAGCUGCUCUCCUGGCGCGCGCCCCUUGGCGCCUCCAACGCUUAUCCCAGCGUAGUAAAGCGCGGUGCGACAAUCGCAAACCUACUAGCCGCCGUGUUCAGAGACGAGUGCGCAGCUAAUGGUGUGAAGCUGAACGAAUAUGGCAUUAUCCAGAGU